CACUUAUUUUUUGUGUAAAAAAAUUAAAAUUGCUCUCCUAUCUUUCUUCAAUUUCUCUCUAUUCUCCUCUAUCUCUCCGCGAUCCUCACUCACCAAUCGUUUUAACCAAAAACCCUUUCCCGAAAACCCUAGAAAUCGCACGAUCUUCCUUAAAACCUCAUUGCCUCAUUUCAAAUUCAAUCUCUUUUAGGAUAUAUUAAUUUGAUCGUUUCAAAGCCUCAGCUUCUUGAUUUUACUGAUUAAUUGGAUCGUUUAUUGUCCAAUGGUUUAAUCAAUUGGUUGAUAUUAAGAUGAAGUUAAAGCGAAGGAGGGCCGUAGAAGUGCCUCCAAAGAUCCGAUCGUUUAUCAGUAGCGUCACUGCUACUCCAUUAGAGAAUAUAGAAGAACCCCUGAAAAGUUUUGUUUGGGAGUUUGAUAAGGGAGAUUUUUAUCAUUGGGUUGAUCUCUUUAUUCACUUUGAUACAUUUUUUGAGAAAUACAUUAAGACUAGGAAGGAUUUGCAACUUGAUGACCACUUUUUGGAAUCCGAUCCUCAAUUUCCAAGGGAAGCUGUUCUCCAGGUCCUUCGUGUUAUAAGGAUAAUAUUGGAGAACUGCACAAAUAAGCAUUUCUACAGCUCAUAUGAGCAUCACUUGUCAGCUUUGCUUGCUUCCCCCGAUGCGGAUGUGGUUGAGGCGUGCUUGCAAACUUUGGCUGCCUUUUUGAAGAAAACAAUAGGGAAAUACGUCAUUAGAGAUGCUUCUCUUAAUUCAAAGCUGUUUGCCCUUGCACAGGGUUGGGGAGGAAAGGAAGAAGGCCUUGGGUUAAUUGCGUGUGCUCUGCAGGACCGCUCUGAUUCAAGUGCUAAUGAGUUAGGUUGCACCUUGCAUUUUGAAUUCUAUGCAGUGACUGAAUCUUUAGAUGAGCCCACUGCCCCUGCUGGUUUACAGACCAUCCAUUUGCCCAGCAUUGACAGCAUACAAGAAUCAGAUUUGGAACUUUUAAACAAUUUAGUCUUACAGUACAAAGUCCCUCCUAUUUUGAGAUUUCCUCUUUUGACAAGAUUGCGAUAUGCUAGGGCAUUCAGUUCUCCAGCUUCUCGACAACAGUACACUUGCAUACGCCUCUAUGCAUUUAUAGUUCUUGUUCAAGCAUGCAGUGAUUCAGAUGAUUUGGUUUCGUUCUUCAACACAGAACCAGAGUUCAUUAAUGAGUUGGUUAUAUUGAGCUAUGAAGACGUAGUUCCUGAGAAGAUUAGAAUUUUGGCUCUUGUUUCCUUGGUUGCUCUCUGUCAAGAUCGGUCACGCCAGCCAAGUGUGUUGACAGCUGUAACAUCUGGGGGGCAUCGUGGUAUUCUCUCCAGCCUUAUGCAAAAGGACAUUGAUUCUAUUGUUAGUAAUUCCUCAAAAUGGUCUGUUCUUUUUGCUGAAGCUCUGCUAUCUCUUGUUACCAUUUUGGUCUCAUCUUCAUCUGGUUGCUCAGCCAUGCGAGAAGCAGGUUUCAUUCCUACUCUUCUACCUUUACUUAAAGAUACGGAUCCUCAACACUUGCAUUUAGUUAGCAUGGCUGUUCAUGUUCUAGAAGCAUUCAUGGAUUAUAGUAAUCCAGCUGCUGCGCUAUUCAGAGAUUUGGGAGGUUUGGAUGAUACCAUAGCACGCCUUAACAUAGAAGUUUCUCGUGUUGAAAAUGGUAUAAAGAUGCCUAGUGCUAGUAUUGAUCUUGACAGUUCUGACUUCAGUGGUUCUCAGAUAGUUGCUGGUACUUCUUCUGAUCUAGACAGCAGGCAGGCUCUUUAUUCUGAUGUGUUGGUUGCUUAUCAUCGGCGGUUACUGAUGAAAGCUUUACUACGUGCCAUAUCUCUGGGAACCUAUGCUCCUGGAACCACUGCUCGUAUUUAUGGUUCAGAGGAGAGUUUGUUGCCUCAAUGCUUGAGCAUAAUCUUCAGAAGAGCUAAGGAUUUUGGUGGAGGGGUGUUUCAUCUUGCUGCAACGGUGAUGAGUGAUCUUAUUCACAAAGAUCCUACCUGCUUCCCUGUAUUGCAAGCAGCUGGUCUUCCUUCUGCCUUCAUUGAUGCUAUUAUCGAUGGAGUUGUAUGCUCUGCUGAAGCUAUAACUUGCAUACCUCAGUGUUUAGAUGCUUUGUGCUUGAAUAGCUAUGGUCUUCAGGCUGUGAGAGAUCGCAAUGCUUUGAGGUGUUUUGUAAAAAUAUUCACUUCAAAAACAUAUGUCAGAGCCCUUAGUGGAGAUACCACUGGAUCUUUGUCUAGUGGCCUUGAUGAACUAAUGCGGCAUACCUCAUCACUGCGUGAACCUGGAGUGGAAAUGAUGAUCGAGAUCUUGAAGGAGAUUGCAAAACUUGGAUCUGUUCCAGAAGCUAUUUCACCCUCAGCUGAAAGUCCUAGCUCUUCUAACCCUGUUCCCAUGGAAACAGAAGGUGAGGAUAAAGGUGUUGUUUUGCCUGAGAAAGACUCACAAAAGGCUAAAAGUUUGGAGAACGUCGAACCAUCUUCUGAUUCUUUGGUACCAAACAUGGAGUCUUUUCUUCCUGAAUGUAUAAGCAAUGCUGCUCGUCUCCUUGAAACAAUUCUUCAGAAUUCGGAUACAUGCCGUAUUUUUGUUGAGAAGAAAGGAACUGAAGCUGUUCUGCAGCUAUUCACUUUGCCUGCCCUGCCACUUUCUGUUUCUGUUGGUCAGACCUUAUCUGUUGCAUUUAAGAAUUUCUCUCCACAGCAUUCUGCUUCUCUUGCUCGUGCAGUCUGUUUGUUUUUAAGAGAACAUUUGAAGUUAACGAAUGAACUUAUAGUUGAAGUUCGAGGAUCACAGCUUGUAAAGGUGGAGUCUGCUAAGAGGAUAACUGUGUUGAAGAACCUUUCAAGUCUUGAAGGUAUUUUAUCUCUCUCCAAUUCUUUAUUGAAGGGAAGUACUACUGUGGUUUCUGAGUUAGGAACUGCGGAUGCUGAUGUCUUAAAGGAUCUUGGGAGAGCGUAUAAGGAAGUACUUUGGCAAAUCUCCUUAUGCUGUGAUUCUAAGGUGGAUGAGAAACAGAACGUGGAAGUAGAGCCUCAAAAUGUAGAAGCAGGUUCUUCCAAUAUGGGAGGUAGAGAUAGUGAUGAGGAGACUAAUAUUCCUUCAGUUAGAUACAUGAAUCCUGUUUCUAUCAGGAAUAGUUCUCACUCUCAAUGGGGUGUAGAACGUGAGUUUCUUUCUGUAAUUCGUUCAAGUGAAGGUUUUAAUCGUCGUAGUAGACAUGGUAUAGCACGGAUUCGUGGUGGAAGGACCAGUAGGCAUUUGGAAAGUUUACAAGCUGAUUCUGAAGUUGCUCCCAGUGUAGUGGAGAGUAGCAUCCAGGAGAUGAAGAAAAAGACUCCUGAUGUUCUGGUAUUAGAAAAUCUGAACAAGCUUGCUUCUAGCAUGCGUUCUUUCUUUGUGGCUCUUGUUAAAGGAUUUACAUCUCCAAAUCGUCGGAGAACUGAAACUGGAUCUCUAAGUGCAGCUUCAAAGAGCAUAGGAACUGCCCUAGCUAAAGUUUUUCUCGAGGCUCUUGGUUUCUCAGGAUAUCCAGACGCUGAUGUGCUUGAUAUACCACCUUCUGUCAAGUGUCGAUAUCUUGGUAAGGUUGUGGUUGAUAUGGUAUCUCUAACAUUUGAUGCCAGGCGGCGUACCUGUUAUGCAUCCAUGAUCAAUAAUUUCUAUGCACAAGGAACCUUUAAGGAGCUUCUGACAACAUUCGAAGCAACCAGUCAGUUGUUGUGGACACUUCCCUAUUCUGUACCGCCAUCUGGAAUGGUUCCUGAAAAUAGUGGGGAGGAAAACAAGUUAUCUCACUGUUCGUGGCUUCUUGAUACACUGCAGAGUUAUUGCCGUUUGCUUGAAUAUUUUGUCAAUUCGGCUUUGCUGUUGUCUCCAUCCUCAACAUCCCAAGCGCAGCUCCUUGUUCAGCCAGUUGCAGUCGGUUUGUCUAUUGGGUUAUUUCCUGUUCCAAGAGACCCAGAAGUGUUUGUCCGUAUGCUGCAGUCUCAGGUUCUGGAUGUUAUACUUCUUAUUUGGAACCAUCAGAUGUUCCCCAGUUGCAAUCCAGGGUUUAUUACUUCUAUUAUUAUGCUUAUAAAUUACAUCUACUGUGGUGCUGGGGAUGUGAAACGAAAUCGCAAUGGGUCAUCAGGUUCUGCAAACCCACGUGCUAUGGCUCCUCCACCUGAUGAGGCUACUAUUGGUACAAUUGUUGAAAUGGGCUUUUCACGAGCAAGAGCUGAGGAGGCAUUAAGACGUGUAGAAACAAACAGUGUGGAGAUGGCCAUGGAGUGGUUGUUCAGUCAUGCUGAAGAUCCUGCUCAAGAAGAUGAUGAGUUGGCUCGUGCACUAGCUUUGUCACUUGGGAAUUCAUCAGAGACUUCUAAAGCCGAUAAUGUUGAUAGAUCGGUGGAUGUUCUUUCUGAAGAGCAACAAACUAAGCCACCACCUGUUGAAGAUGUCCUUGCUGCAACAAUUAAGCUGUUUCAGAGCACCGACUCCAUGGCUUUUCCCUUAAUGGAUUUACUUGUGACUCUUUGCAAUCGGAACAAAGGAGAAGAUCGUGCAAAAGUGAUUUCAUGUCUUAUUCAACAGUUGAAAGAUUGCCAGCUAGAAUUUUCAAGAGAUACUGGUGCCUUAUGUAUGAUAUCACAUACUUUAACAUUGCUUCUCUCUGAAGAUGCAAGUAUACGGGAAAUUGCGGCAAAGAAUGAUAUUGUCUCUGUAGUUCUUGAAAUAUUGAUGAAGUUCAAGGCUAGAGCUGAAAAUGAGAUUAUGGCUCCUAGAUGCAUCAGCGCAUUGCUUCUAAUCUUAUUUAAUUUGUUGCAAACCAGGCCUAAAAUCUCCAGUGAUGACACUGAAAGAGUCAUAGCUGCAUCUUUACCAGAGUCUUUAGAAGAGCAUCUCCCAUCCCAAGUUCCUGAAGCAGUGAUUGAGAAGAAGUCAACUCUAGUCUCCCAGGAUGAUGAAUCAUCCAAUGGUUUUGAGAAAAUAUUUGGGAAACCUACAGGUUAUCUGAGUAUAGAGGACAGUUGUAGGGUGCUUGAUAUAGCUUAUGACUUGGUUAAACGACAUGCACCACCCAUGGUUAUGCAGGCUUCCCUUCAGCUGUGUGCACGCUUGACAAAGACACAUUCUCUUGCCAUUCAGUUUCUUGAAAAUGGUGGAAUGACUUCUCUUUUUGGUCUUCCGAGAUCUUGUUACUUCCCUGGAUAUGACACCUUAGCAUCUGCCAUUGUUAGACAUCUUCUUGAAGAUCCUCAGACCCUGCAAACAGCCAUGGAGAUGGAGAUACGGCAGACUCUUAGUGGAAGUCGUCAUGCUGGUCGUACUUCUGUUAAAACAUUUUUAACAUCAAUGGCACCUGUAAUAUGUCGAGACCCUGGAGUAUUUGUGAAAGCUGCAGCUGCAGUUUGCCAGUUGGAAUCAUCUGGAGGUAGAUCUAUCAUUGUCUUAUCAAAAGAGAAAGACAAGGAGAGAGAGAAAGGUAAAACAUCUGUUGAGUUUGGAGCUUCUAAUGAGUGUCUACGUAUUUCUGAAAAUAAGACCCAGGAUGGAUCAGGGAAGUGUUCGAAAGGCCACAAAAAGAUCCCUGCAAAUAUUUCUCAGGUUAUUGAUCAUCUUCUUGAAAUAGUAGCAACAUUUCCUACACAGAGAAUGCUAGAAGAUUGCGUGGGAAACGCCUGUGCUAUGGAUAUUGAUGAGCCUACAGUCAAAGUAAAGGGGAAAUUGAAGGUGGAUGAGUUGCGGGAGGUUCAGUCUGACAGGGUGUCAGAGAAAUCAGCAGGGCUUGCUAAGGUGACUUUCGUACUCAAAUUAUUGAGUGACAUUCUUAUGAUGUAUGUACAUGCUCUUGGGGUUAUCCUGAGAAGGGAUCUGGAGAUGUGUCAACUUCGGGGAUCCCAUCAGCCGGAGAAUCCUGGUUAUGGUGGCAUUAUCCAUCAUGUGUUGCAACGGCUUCUUCCUCUUUCUAUGGAUAAAUCUGCAGGCCCUGAUGAAUGGAGAGACAAGCUGUCUGAAAAAGCUUCAUGGUUUCUGGUAGUUUUGUCUGGUCGAUCUAGUGAAGGUCGUAGGAGGGUUAUUAAUGAACUUGUGAAAGCCUUGUCUUCAUUUGUGAAGUCUGAAAACAACUCUGCCUGUGGCAGUUUAUUGCCAGAUAAAAAAGUCCUUGCCUUUGUUGAUCUUGCAUAUUCCAUUUUGUCCAAGAAUUCAUCCGCAGGUGACUUACCUGGUUCUGGCUGUUCUCCAGAUAUAGCCAAAAGCAUGAUAGAUGGAGGAUUGGUGCAGUGCUUGUCUGGUGUCCUUCAAGCAAUGGACUUGGAUCACCCUGAUGCUCCGAAAGUUGUGAAUCUGAUUCUUAAAACAUUGGAAAGCCUAACAAGGGCUGCCAAUGCUAGUGAGCAACUUUUUAAAACUGAUUCUGUGAGCAAGAAAAAAUUAAAUGCCCUUAAUGGUGGGUCGGAUAAUCAAGUGAAUACAACAUCAGCCUUUCCGAACAUAGAGGUCAGUGGAACUGGAAACAGCCUGCAGGGGGUCCCUAAUUCAAGUGCAGGGCAACUGCCGGCUAGUGCUUCUCAGAAUCACAGCAAUGAGAAUGUGACUGCAAAUCCUUCCAUGGAGCAAGAAAUGAGAACUGAGCAAGAAGAAGCAACUGCAGGCAAUCCUCCUCUCGAGCUUAGGUUGGAUUACAUGCGUGAUGAAAUGGAAGACAAUGGUGUUCUGAAUGACACAGAGCAAAUUGGGAUGGGUUUCCACGUUGAGAAUAGGGCACAUCAUGAAAUGCGAGAAGAAGAUGAUGAUAUGGGAGAUGACGGCGAGGACGACGAGGAUGAUGAUGAAGGUGAGGAUGAGGAUGAAGAUAUAGCUGAAGAUGGCACCGGCUUGAUGUCUCUGGCUGAUACAGAUGGGGAAGAGCAUGAUGAUACUGGCCUGGGAGGUGAAUAUAAUGAUGACAUGGUUGAUGAAGAGGAUGAUGAGUUUCAUGAAAAUCGAGUCAUUGAGGUUAGGUGGAGGGAAGCCUUGGACGGCCUUGACCAUUUGCAAGUUUUAGGGCAACCUGGAACAGGAGGUGGGCUUAUUAAUGUUGGAGGUGAGACAAUUGAAGGGUGGAAUGUUGAUGACCUUUUUGGUCUACGUAGAACCUUUGGCUUUGAGCGUCGCCGCCAGCCAACUAGGAAUUCCUUAGAACACUCUGCUACUGAAGUUACUGGUCUGCAACAUCCUCUCCUCUUGAGGCCAUCACAGUCUGGUGACUCUGCUUCUGUCUGGUCAUCUCUUGGGAACUCGUCCAGGGAUUCAGAAGCAAUAUCUGCUGGUAGGCUGGAUGUAGCUCGUUUCUACACUUUUGAUUCUCCAGUACUCUCGUUUGAUAGUGUGCCGUCCAGCCUUUUCAGUGACAGACUCAGUGGUGCAGCAGCCCCACCUUUGGCUGACUUUUCUGUUGGUUUGGAGUCUCUACAUGUUCCAGGUCGUAGGCCUGGUGAUGGUAGGUGGACUGAUGAUGGUCAACCACAAGCAGGUGGUCAGUCUGCCGCUAUUGCACAGAUGGUCGAAGAGCAGUUCAUUUGUCAACUAAACAGAAUUGCUCCAGCUACUAAUCCUCCUGAAAGGCUGUCACAUGCUGUUGGAUUAUUGGAGAGAGAGCAGGACAUACCUGUAGUUGGUGAGAGUCGACAGCAGAUUGAGGGUGAUAGCACCGCUGGUCAACAGAAUGAUGAUCCCCAUAACAAUAGUGGGCAAGAAUCCAAUCAACCACUUGAGGUUCAGUCUUGUGAAAGGGAAAACAAUCAGGAGGUUGUUGCUGAUCAGGUUGGUGAAUUCCCCGAAGCUAUUGAUCCUAUGGAAAAUGUACUUUCAGACAGGACUAGCAAUGGUCAUGGCAGCAUGUUGAUUGGGGAAGGAAAUGCAAAUCCAAGUGACAACAUAGAGGGAACUACAGGUUAUGCUGUGUCAUCUAUACAAGGUGAAGGCGAUGCGACUGAUGUAGGCAAUGACACAACCCCAGUAACAGAUGGUCAUGCCAGUGAUGAGCCACUGCUGAUUUCUGGGGAAGCAAUGCUGGACUCCAGUGUUCACCAUGCUUCCUUAGUUCAGGAUGCUGAUAUACAUAUGCUUGGUGCAGAACCAGAAAGGGGGAAUGACCAACCAUUACCUGUUCUGCCUGAGGACCCAUCAGUGACUCAGAACCUUCAGGAAGUUCAAGAUGCUAGUCAAACUGAUGAAACUAGUUUGAAUAAUGAAGCUUCUACUGCAAAUGCUAUAGAUCCGACCUUUUUAGAAGCACUUCCGGAAGAUCUUCGGGCAGAGGUUCUUGCAUCGCAGCAGGCUCAGGCUCAACCUCCAACUUAUACAGCACCGGCAGCUGAAGAUAUUGAUCCAGAGUUUUUAGCUGCUCUUCCUCCAGAUAUUCAAGCAGAAGUUCUUGCCCAACAACGUGCUCAGAGAGUCAUACAGCAGGCUGAAGGUCAGCCUGUGGAAAUGGAUAAUGCUUCAAUCAUAGCCACAUUUCCAGCUGACCUGCGUGAAGAGGUGCUGUUAACAUCAUCAGAAGCUGUUUUGUCAGCAUUGCCAUCUCCAUUACUCGCUGAAGCACAAAUGCUUCGGGACAGAGCUAUGAGUCACUACCAAGCACGCAGCUUGUUUGGAGGCAGCCACAGGCUUCACGGUCGGAGAAAUGGUCUGGGAUUUGACAGACAGACAGUUAUGGACAGGGGCGUGGGUGUUACAAUCGGCCGGAGGGCUUCAUCUUCUUUUUCAGAGAGUUUGAAGUUGAAGGAACUUGAAGGCGAACCACUUUUAGAUGCUAACGGCUUGAAAGCAUUGAUCCGCCUCUUGAGAUUAGCACAGCCUCUUGGGAAAGGUCUCUUGCAGAGACUCUUGUUGAAUUUGUGUGCUCAUAGUAGUACAAGAGCAGUUCUGGUCCACCUUCUUCUUGAAGCUAUCAAGCCUGAGACUGGAGGGGCAGUUGGUGGUUUAACAACCAUUAAUUCACAGAGACUUUAUGGCUGUCAGUCGAAUAUUGUUUAUGGCCGAUCACAACUGUUUGAUGGACUUCCUCCACUGGUAUUGCGUCGGAUUCUGGAGAUCUUAACUUACCUCGCUACCAACCACUCUGCGGUUGCCAGUCUUCUUUUCUACUUUGAGCUCUCGAUUAUUCCAGAGUGGUCAGAUGUAAAGUGUUCGGAAAAGAGGGACAAAGGCAAGGAGAAAAUUGUUGGAGGAGAUUCCUUAAAUCCUUUUGGAAGCUCUCACAAGGGGGAUGUUCCAUUGGUUUUGUUUCUCAAGCUCUUGAAUCGACCACUUUUCUUGCGCAGCAUUGCACAUCUUGAACAGGUCAUGGGCCUUCUUCAAGUAGUUGUCUAUACUGCAGCUUCCAAGAUGGAGUGUCAGUCUCAUUCUGAAGAAACAGUAGACCAUUCUCAUAAUCCUGCUGGCAAUGAAACUAUGAGUGAUCUACAGAAAGAUCCUGGAUUGCCAGACAUAAAGUCCCAUCAAGAUGAUAGCAGCACUGGUUCUGCCAACCCUGCAUCUGAUGGCAACGGAAGCCUAAACAUUCGUGACAUCUUCUUGCAGCUGCCACAGUCUGAUUUGCACAAUCUUUGCUGUCUUCUUGGUCACGAAGGGCUAUCAGACAAAGUUUACAUGCUUGCUGGCGAGGUGUUGAAGAAGCUAGCCAUAGUUGCUGCUCCCCAUCGCAAGUUCUUCAUUUCAGAACUUUCAGAGUUGACUCAAAGGCUGAGCAAGUCAGCUGUAGAGGAGCUUAUCACACUUAAGAAUACACACAUGCUUGGACUGAGUGCUGGAUCCAUGGCUGGAGCUGCUGUUCUUCGUGUACUACAAACACUUAGUUCACUAAGUACAGCUUGUGCAAUUGGCAAUGCGGACACAUCUAUGGAGGAGGAACAUGUUGAGCAUAAUAUCAUGUGGAAGUUAAAUGUUUCACUGGAACCAUUAUGGGAAGAGCUGAGUGAAUGCAUUGGCACCAUGGAGUUAGAGCUCACACAGAGCACUUCUUCUUCAGUUAUGUCAAGUUCUAAUAUCGGGGAGAAUACACAUGGUGCUUCUUCUGUAUCUUCUCCAUUGCCUCCUGGAACUCAGCGACUGUUACCUUUUAUUGAGGCUUUCUUUGUUUUGUGUGAGAAGCUUCAGGCAAACAGCUCUAUUAUGCAGCAAGAUCAUAUCAAUGCAACUGCACGAGAGGUGAAAGAAUUAGCUGGUACUUCAGUCAAGUUGUCCUCCAAGUCUACUGGGGAUUCACAUAAAAGAGUAGAUGGCGCUUUAACAUUUGUAAGAUUUGCGGAAAAGCACCGACGCUUGCUUAAUGCUUUUGUCAGGCAGAACCCUGGCUUACUGGAGAAAUCACUUUGUGUGAUGCUGAAAGCCCCACGGCUCAUUGAUUUUGACAAUAAAAGAGCUUAUUUUCGCUCCAGGAUAAGGCAGCAGCAUGAACAGCACCUCUCAGGUCCUCUGCGAAUUAGUAUUCGGCGGGCUUAUGUGUUGGAGGAUUCUUAUAAUCAGUUGCGUAUGCGACCCAGUCAAGACCUGAAAGGACGGCUAAAUGUGCAUUUUCAAGGUGAAGAGGGUAUUGAUGCUGGUGGUUUGACUAGAGAGUGGUAUCAAUUGCUAUCAAGGGUCAUAUUUGACAAAGGAGCUUUGCUGUUUACAACUGUCGGGAAUAAUGCGACUUUCCAACCUAAUCCGAAUUCAGUUUAUCAAACUGAACAUCUUUCAUAUUUCAAAUUUGUAGGCCGCGUGGUUGCCAAAGCACUACUUGAUGGGCAGUUGCUGGAUGUUUAUUUUACCCGGUCGUUCUACAAACAUAUCCUCAAUGUAAAGGUCACAUAUCAUGAUAUAGAGGCUGUCGAUCCUGAUUACUAUAAGAACUUGAAGUGGAUGUUGGAGAAUGAUGUGAGUGAUAUACCAGAUUUGACUUUUAGCAUGGAUGCUGAUGAGGAAAAACUCAUUCUUUAUGAGAAAACAGAGGUUACUGAUUAUGAGCUUAAACCUGGAGGAAGAAAUAUAAGGGUCACAGAAGAGACAAAGCACGAGUAUGUUGAUCUCGUUGCUGACCAUAUUCUGACAAAUGCUAUUCGCCCUCAAAUAAAUGCAUUCCUUGAAGGUUUCAAUAACUUGGUACCACGCGAACUGAUCUCCAUUUUCAAUGAUAAAGAGCUUGAACUUUUGAUAAGUGGCCUUCCAGAAAUUGAUAUGGAAGAUCUGAAGGCCAACUCUGAAUAUACUGGAUAUACAGCAGCAUCUACUGUUGUUCAGUGGUUUUGGGAGGUCGUUAAAGGUUUUAGCAAGGAAGACAUGGCAAGAUUUCUGCAAUUUGUGACUGGUACAUCCAAGGUUCCUUUGGAAGGUUUCAAGGCAUUGCAAGGGAUUUCUGGCCCUCAGAGAUUUCAGAUUCACAAGGCUUAUGGAGCUCCUGAGCGGCUUCCAUCUGCACAUACCUGCUUCAACCAACUUGACCUACCGGAGUAUACUUCCAAGGAACAGCUACAAGAACGUUUGCUUUUGGCUAUCCAUGAGGCUAGUGAAGGAUUUGGUUUUGGUUGAGACAAGCUUCCCUUUUGCAGCUUCCCCGAAAAUUGCUUAUAUUUGAUCAUCCUGUGAUUUCCAUGUAAAUACCGGCUGAUCGAUAUCAACUGGACAACGUAGAUUGGGAGUGUGUUGCUUACAGAUUUGAGUCUAUAUACAGCCUAUCUUAAGGAUGAUGGAAGGAUGACGGGGUAAUUGCUACGCCUCGGUCAUGUACAUGGCAGUUUAGUAUCAUCAGGUAGGGGGUUAUGCAUUACGAGUGGUAACCUUCUUGCACAGUGGCGAGGAGGUCCGACUUUGUUGUUCCUUCCAUUCCAACAGAUUCAGAAGAAACUCCGACAGCCUUAGGUCCCUGUGUAGAUAAGUAACAUAUUUCGUUUUCCAUUUUCUGUUUGGAAGGGGGUUCGGUGUGGGAGGUCUACAUUUAUUUUGGGUCUGGGGUAGGUGCUAAUUCAUUCAUGCUUUAGAAUUUGAUUAAUUACCUAUGGUUACUGGUUGGCAUCAGAUCAACACUUUAAUCAGCUUAUAAUGCUAUACUUGAUCUGAUAAUUUUUUUUGAAAAUGGAGAACUUGGUCGCCAUUCAAGAUUUUUUUC